GCUGAAGGCCCUCUACUUGCCACGCACAUGCACAUCACAAAUGAAAAAAAAAAACACCCUUCACCUCUAACGUUGAAAGAGGGAAGACAGCUCAUAUGUCGUUGGCUGGCAGAAGUCACCAAUUGUCCAGGAGUAGAAAGAGUGCCUGCAGUGAGAUCCUGACACUGGUGUGCAUGAGGAGGAGCGACAACUCGCUACAAUCUAUGAGAAGACUUACGAUUGGAGAGAAAACAUCAUUUGUUGUAUCGAAUACAAUCAUCCUCAUAUAAAAUCGAAUGGCUGCUGCAGCUGGGAAGUUGGGGGCCUGCGGGAUCAUGUUAGAAGAAGAGACAGAGCAAACCUAUGAGAAUGUCCUGGCUGAGAUACAGUCUUUUGAGCUCCCCAUUGAAGCUACUUUAAGGUCUGUGUAUGAUGAUCAGCCAAAUGCGCACAAGAAGUUUAUGGAAAAGCUAGAUGCUUGUAUCCGCAGCCAUGACAAGGAGAUUGAAAAGAUGUGCAACUUCCACCAUCAGGGCUUUGUAGACGCUAUCACGGAGCUUCUUAAAGUAAGGGCCGGUGCAGAAAAAUUGAAGGUGCAAGUUACUGAUACCAACCGAAGGUUUCAAGAUGCUGGAAAAGAGGUGAUAGUACAAACAGAAGAUAUUAUUCGGUGUAGAAUUCAGCAGAGAAACAUUAUAACCGUAGUAGAGAAAUUGCAGUUAUGCCUCCCAGUGCUGGAGAUGUACAGUAAGCUGAAAGAGCAGAUGAGCAUGAAAAGGUAUUAUUCUGCACUUCAAACAAUGGAACAGUUGGAAACUGUGUACUUUCCCCGGGUCAGUCAGUACCGCUUCUGCCAGCUAAUGAUAGACACGCUUCCUAAACUCCGGGAGGAUAUCAAAGAAAUCUCCAUGUCCGAUCUUAAGGACUUUCUGGAAAGCAUUCGAAAGCAUUCUGACAAAAUAGGUGAAACAGCGAUGAAACAGGCACAGCAGCAGAAAAGUUUCAGUGUUGCUCUGCAGAAGCAAAAUAAUGCGAGGUUUGGGAAAAACAUGCAUGCAAAUAAUGACAGAAUUCUAGAAGAAAAGAAUGACAUUGUAUUGAAACAUGUACUUGAAGAGGAGGCUGAGAAUGAAGAGGAGGUCUUAACUGUUCAAGAUCUCGUUGAUUUUUCACCUGUUUACCGAUGCUUACACAUUUAUUCUGCUUUGGGUGAUGAAGAAACGUUUGAAAAUUACUACCGGAAGCAAAGGAAGAAGCAAGCACGCCUGGUUCUGCAGCCGCAGUCGAGUGUGCAUGAAACAGUUGAUGGCUAUAGAAGAUAUUUCACUCAAAUUGUAGGGUUCUUUGUGGUGGAGGACCACAUUUUACAUGUGACCCAGGGCCUAGUAACCAGGGCAUACACUGAUGAGCUGUGGAACAUGGCCCUUGCGAAGAUAAUUGCUGUCCUUAGAGCUCACUCUUCUUACUGCACUGACCCUGACCUUGUUCUGGAGUUGAAGAAUCUCAUUGUCAUUUUUGCAGACACUUUGCAGGGUUAUGGUUUUCCAGUCAACCGGCUUUUUGACCUUUUAUUUGAAAUAAGAGAUCAAUACAAUGAAACGUUGCUUAAGAAAUGGGCUGGUAUUUUCAGGGAUAUUUUUGAAGAAGAUAAUUACAGCCCCAUUCCUAUUGGCAGCGAAGAAGAAUAUAAAGUAGUUAUCAGUAAAUUUCCCUUUCAAGAUCCCGACCUGGAAAAGCAAUCUUUCCCAAAGAAGUUUCCCAUGUCCCAGUCAGUGCCUCUUAUUUAUAUUCAAGUUAAAGAAUUUAUUUAUGCCAGCCUUAAAUUUUCAGAGUCCCUACACCGAAGCUCAACAGAAAUAGAUGAUAUGCUUAGGAAAUCAACAAAUCUGCUGCUGACCAGAAUUCUGAGUAGCUGUUUACUGAACCUUAUUAGAAAACCUCAUAUAGGUUUGACAGAGUUGGUGCAGAUCAUCAUAAACACAACACACCUGGAGCAGGCCUGCAAAUACCUGGAGGACUUUAUAACUAACAUCACGAACAUUUCUCAAGAGACCGUUCACACCACAAGGCUUUAUGGACUUUCUACUUUUAAGGAUGCUCGACAUGCAGCAGAAGGGGAAAUAUAUACCAAACUCAAUCAAAAAAUUGACGAAUUUGUUCAGCUAGCUGAUUAUGACUGGACAAUGGCUGAGUCGGAUGGAAGAGCAAGUGGUUAUUUAAUGGAUCUUAUUAAUUUUUUGAGGAGCAUCUUUCAAGUGUUCACUCAUUUGCCUGGGAAAGUUGCCCAAACAGCUUGCAUGUCAGCCUGCCAGCAUCUGUCAACAUCCUUAAUGCAGAUGCUACUGGACAGCGAGUUAAAACAGAUAAGCAUGGGAGCCGUUCAGCAGUUUAACCUAGAUGUCAUACAGUGUGAAUUGUUUGCCAGCUCUGAGCCUGUGCCGGGAUUUCAAGGGGACACCCUGCAACUGGCAUUCAUUGAUCUCAGACAACUCCUUGACUUGUUUAUGGUUUGGGAUUGGUCCACUUACCUCGCUGACUAUGGACAGCCAGCCUCCAAGUACCUUCGUGUGAAUCCUCACACAGCCCUUACGCUUUUGGAGAAGAUGAAAGACACCAGCAAGAAGAAUAAUAUAUUCGCCCAGUUCCGGAAGAACGACCGAGACAGGCAGAAGCUGAUAGAGACAGUUGUGAGGCAGCUCCGAGCCUUGGUGACUGGUAUGUCCCAGCACGUGUAGACACACCAGGUCCACGGCUGAGUGCGUCUCUGGCCAGCACUGCUCAUGAGACAAGAAUUUGUUUACAGAAGUAAAAACACAGUAGAGGAAAUACACUGAUGAGGGCUUAAACAAGUAAUGGUGACAAACAUCAUUUGUAUGGAUUUUUAAAUAAUUGAAUACUAUUUUAUAUAUAAAAAUGUAAGAUUAAUUUUUUUCAAUAUCAGAGGAAAAGUCAAAAAUGUAAUAUAUAAAUCCAAUAAAUUGUAUAUGAAACUGAUUGCAAAUAUUAGAAAAACCCAUGUCUCUGCUUGUAAAUAUUCUUUCUGUAAGCUUGAAAGAGGUUCUGUUUAUGUUAUUAUAGUUUGGGAUGCAGUCGCUGCUGAGAAGGGAAUAUUUGACUGUCAUUGUUGGACUUUUUUUUUAAACUUUAUUUAACUUUAUUUCAUGCACAUUGGUAUAAUGAUGUCAGAUUCUCUUGAACUGGAUUUACAGACAGCUGCGAGCUGCCAUGUGGGUGCUGGGAAUUGAACCCAGGUCCUCUGGAGGAGCAGUCAGUGCUCUUAACCACUGAGCCAUCUCACCAGCCCCCAUUGUUGGACUUUUAGCUCUUAUUUUCACCUCAGUUUGACUCAUGUGCCUAAAAUUUUUAUUUCUGCCGAUUCUGAGGAGGAAAUACACAAAUCUUGAAAGUUCCUGAAAUCAAACACAGCUCACCAGGAACGUAAAUGGUUUGUUUUACUUGGGUAGCUUAACCACUCGGAAUAUGAAGAAAAGGGUUUGGGCUUUCCAAAGAUGUAGUAUUUCUUGUAGUUGACCUGUUUUUAAAGUUUUAGUUUGGUUUAGAUGAAAAGAGCAGGCAGUUAAAGGGCUGUUUUCAUCAGGUGUGACUGCCCUAGUGUAGACACGAUCUUUCCUACCUAAUGCAGUUACAGCAGGGUUCGGGUUAAUGCUCUCCAGAGAGGAGAUCUCAAGGCUGUGGACCAUGGAAACUAACCAGACCGACUGAAGUCUGAAACCUACAGCCAGUGUACAUUUUCCUUUGGAUGAAUCACAGUGGCACAAUGACAAUGUAAACCUGACCUUUGUUUUCUCUCCAUUGUAAUUAUGCUGAACCCCCCCCUUGCAUUUUUAGGAUUUAUGCUUGUAGACUCCCUGACUCUGUAAAAUAAGAAUGAAGAGUUAUGCUUACAUGUCUGGAUUUUGUGAUAAAACAUUAAAAAGGUUGAGAGCUGUUGAAGAUGCUA